AUGGUCCAGGUUCACCCAGACUCUACCUUCAGCGGUCCCAGGCAUCCAUCCAUACACCCAUCCGUCCAGGGCAUUCAGAUGACGACGAGAAAGAAGCUGUGUAACAUCAAAGGUAUCUCCGAGGCCAAGAUGGAGAAAAUCAAAGAAGUGGCUGCCAAGCUCUGCGGGAUCGUGGACUCCAUCAUGGCUCUGUUUCGUGUGGACUUCAGUGGCCGGGGCGAGCUGGCAGACAGGCAGCAGAAACUUGCCCAGCUGCUCUCUCGGUUGCAGAAAAUUGCUGAAGUGUGGAAUGCCCCUUCCGUACCCCUACCCCCCAUUCCCCCACCUCCCAGUUUCCAGGCAGACCCAAAGAAGCCUAUCGGCGGUCACAUUCUGGCGCACGCUUCUACCACCCGGGUCAUGUUGAGGAAAGGACGGGCGGAGAACAGGAUUGCCAAGGUCUAUGACAGCCCAGAUCUCCCGGAGAACGAAGCAACGUUUGCCAUCAGCGCCGGUGGGGUGAUCGAUGCUAAGGAAUAAGACGAAUAACAAACAGAUGACCGUAUCAACUUGCAAUUAAUUGGAGUACAUGGACAUGUAGUAAUAAUAUCAUAAUGACCUGUAUGCACACGGCGAGAAAUGGAGGGACGUUUGGUGAUCCACGUUUCUGUGAUAUAACGCGGAUUGGGAAGACUGGUGUGUGUA